AUGGAGAAAGUCUUUGCCCUCGGCUCAAACGGAUCCGGCCAACUGGGCAUAGGACAUAGAGAUGAUGUCUCUGAGCCAACGGAAUGUUUAUUUUGUGACGACGCCAUCGUCACCAACCAACAACAACAACAACAACAAACUGCAAAUGGCAGUGAUGGAACGGAGAGGAAAGUAAAGCGUAUAUCCUGCGGCGGGAACCAUACACUCAUUCUACUCGAGGAUGGAGUUGUGUAUGCGGCUGGGUUGAAUGAGGAUUUGAGAUGCGGGGUUUGCUGGGCCAUCACCUCGCCAUCAUCAGGGUUGAGUCAGGGGGUUGGUAAUGAGGACGAUGUCGUUACGCGCUUCAAGCGUGUCAGAUUCCGGCUGGGUGGACCUAAAGGGGUGAUUAUUGAUCGCUUCAAAGAUGUAUGCGCUACCUGGUCUGCGACUUGUUUCGUCGCUACCAUCAUCCCCCUCAACAAUGACGGGGAGGAAAAAGAUAUUGCAAUAUCCCUCGGAACAGGGGAUAAAGGUGAAUUAGGUCUCGGAUCCGGCCUCCGAACUACCUCGUCCACUAACAAUACGGUUGAUGGCGCUCUUAUUGAUGUCGAUGAUUAUCUACUCACUGAUUUCCCGCCUGCGACUACACGCAUUGAAGCUAUAAGCAGUGGGAUGAAUCACGUUGUCGCGAUAUUGUCGAAUGGUGAGGUCUAUGGAUGGGGAGCUUCGAGGAAAGGGCAACUCUCAAAUGAUUCAAAGAGUGUCGGGAGAAAGGUUGUCUGGGCGCCUGUGAGGAUUGAUCUAACUGACAUGGGAGUGGUGCCGAGGAGCGUGAGUUGUGGGAGGGAGUUUACGUUUAUUGGUGGUUACAAGAAGAACACAACGGCUGGGGAGGGAGGGGAAUAUACGUAUACGAUCCUUGGGACGGAUGAUAAAUGGAAUAUCAUUUCUGCUGCACCUUCUGUAAAGACAUUACAGAAAAGCGGCCGCAUUGAAAAUCGAUACAAUGUAUCGACCAGUUGGCACGGGAUUUGUUUACAUGAUACUCUUGACAAGUCAGUUAUUGCCUGGGGCCGCAAUGAUCGCGGCCAGUUGGGUGUCCAUGAGAAGUCGUCUGCGGUUCGGGAAUCGAUGGUACGUUGGGAGUCCGUCGCGCAGUUCAUGGCUGGUAGUGAACAUGCCGUUGCUGUCUUGUCUGAUAACAAGACCGUUGUUUCUUGUGGGUGGGGAGAGCAUGGCAACUGUGGGCCUGAUACGGAUGAACGUGGGAAUGUGAAAGGGAGGUUGAGUCGGAUUCAACUUCCUGCUGAGGUUCUGUACGAUGAUCAGGCGAAAGUUGUUCGAGUAGGCGCAGGUUGUGCCACAAGCUGGGUAGUGGUUUCCUCAUGA